CUCCAUUCCCUGACCAGUUCAUUGCCAUUUGCCAUUCUCAUCACAAACAGUCAAACCACCAUCAGCUUCCCCAUCCGAGCUCACGAAAAGCUGAGCUGUUGCUUCCGAACAGCAACACCAUCCAAGGAAACGGCAACACAACAUUGUAUUGUCUUUCAUCACCAUGAUGAUGACUCCUCGAGCUGCCUCUGCUGAAAUGGCGUCUGUUGCCAAGCCGGAAAUGGCAUUCACUCCGCAAAGAAAACCUCUACAGCUGCACUCCUUACCCAACAGCAAGGCAGGCACUCCCAGUGGUAUCAGUCACAAGGCCACCGAUGAGACUCUGUCGACGACCAAUUGCGAUGAUAGUUUGACGGCAUCCGUCAACAUGUCGGCCACACGGUUGUACGCUCCACCCGUGUUUGCAGUCAAUGUAGACAAGAGAAAUGUCCGGCAGCGACUGCGAGACCAAGAAGCCAAGAUUGCCGCUUUGUUGCAAACGUCCAAGUCCAGUACAUCACCCACAGCAUCAGUUUCAGCAGGAACCGAAACGUCGUCUCCCCACGCAGGUGCCUCGGACGAAAUUCUCUUAAAGCUGGUCCAAGCGCUGGAACAAGAUCUCAAAAAGGUAGAAGGGGAAAAGAAUGAAUUGAAAGAACAACUUGCACAAGUGGAAAAGCAAAAAGCCACCAUUGACGAAGAUGAGGACAUUGAUUCCAUGAAAGACGUGGAAGUAGUAGCGUCCUUGAAAGAAGUAGAAGUCGUUGCUGCGCAAGACGAUGACACGACAACAGUUACUGCUCUCAAAGACGAAAUGGCACGGCUCAAACUGGAAUUGCGUCGAAAGACACACGAAUCCUUGCUGUUGCAGGAUCGAUGGGAGAACACCUUGCAGCGCAUGGUACAAUACCAGAUUGAUUUGGAAACGCACGAUGUGCAUUACACUGAUUAUGCCACGCGACAAUUCCAGUUGGGGAAUGAAGCCCUCCAAGAAAUCAAGGAGAUGACCAAGAAAGAUCAACCUCCGGAGACGAGACAACUGGGAAAACAGGCCAAACACAUGAUGUCGACAUUGCUCAAAGAUCUGGAAGUCAUGGGAGAACGCUACCAAGAAUCUCGAGUCAAUCAAGAAGUGCAGUUGGCUCAUUGGAAACAGAAACAACUGGAGUGGCAACACAAGGCCGAAGUGCUGGAAGAAACUCUGCAAGAAUACAACAUUGAGAUACCUGAAAAUGUCGCUUCCAUUACGGCUCCUUCCAUGUCGGGUCCUUUAAUGAAGUUCCACGAAAAACUACGCCUGCAACAAACGGCUGCGAUGCAAUCUCAUGAUGAUUUGUACGCCCAAUCCCAAGCGGCUAAACAGGAAGCCGAAGCCGCGCAAUUGGAACGCAGCGUCUUGCAAGAAGAAGUCAAGCGAUUGCAACAGACAGUCACACAGCUGCAAUCUUUGACACGGCAACAACAAGACACAUUGCAAGAAGCCGCUGCAGCCGCCGCGGCAGCCGUAUCGGCAGCAGCGGCGGAUUCGAAGAAGAAAAAGAACUGGAAUCCGUUUGGCAAAAAGAAAAAGCAGGACAAACCACCGCCGCCUCCGGUCGUCAUUCCACCGCCUUUGGUCAACCUCACAGCUUCCUUGGCACCCAUGCAAGGAGAAUCGACCCGCUUUGAAGAGUUGCAAGGACAAGUCCAGAGUCAGUCGGAAGCAUUCAAACAGCUGCAUGAGGCGUUCCAGAAACAAGCGAAACAGAACGCUCAAUUGCAACAGACCAUAACAGACUUGAGAAUGGAACAGCACGCGGCAGCAGCCAAGGAAGAAAAUCGUGCCCUCAACGAUCUUCAAGCCCUGUUUGAUGACCUGCAACUCCAGCGACGCAAGGAGCAGAUGGCAGCAGAAGCCGAACUCGAACAAAUUCGGUCGCAGCUGGGCACCUUGAACAAACCAAAUAUCUGAGCUAGGUUUGGUUCGUACGGCCGUGAAUGGCGGGGGCUGGUCAUCGGGUAGAGGUUGCCUGUGGCCUGUUAUGCAGCCUUCCCUCGGAGAGGCUGUUUGGCUUUAUGGACGGUUGACCGAAUGAUUUGUGUCUAUGUUUUUGAAGAAUGGUCGGUCAAUCGUAGCCAAAAAGAAAGCCCAUCAAUACAUCUAUUUUGUGGGUGGGAUAAAUCCUACAUGUUGUAACUUGACAACUUUUGUAUUUCUUUGUCCCCACAAUACUGGCUAGAAAGGCUGAAAAGCAUCGUAGUGUCGAUGUCGUCUACCAUGGUGCUGUGAAGCGAUGCUGUGAAACGAUACCGGACCUGGCACUAUUUUAGCUCGCUUCCUCUAGACAUCGGAGCCGACCCGGGCUACGGGGUGAUUGUGUGUUAACGGUCCUUGCCGGUUCCGUAAAGCUUGCCAACAUGGGAUCCCAAUUGCUACUCGUUGAUGGCCGUCAAAGCCCUCAACUUCUGACCGUAUUGCAUGGUCUGCAACUCGCUACCGUAGGAUGCAAGUUUCAAACUCUGUGCGAUGAAACAAUAAAAUGCGAAGGUACUAGCUGGGAUUUUUUAACUGCCAAUAGCUACAACGUACCGGUACGGUGGAGUGAAAGAGAGUGGACGAUUUCGCUAUUUAUUUUAUCAACGGAAACAGGGCGAUUUGACCCAUACCGGUACCAUGUAGGCUAGGACGGACUACAUGUAGUUUACAUCAUCCAGUUGCUUAUUGUCGACACUCAAAAGCCGCUGGUUGAGAAUGAAAAUGAGAAAAUGGCGGAUAUCUCAAGCAGAUGCAUGUAUUCCGAGUGCUUUAAAAAGAAGAUUGUGGGAGUGAGGUUGAGAAAGUGAAUCUAAUUGUUCUCCAUAGAUUCGAAGCGAAUAUUUGCGAAUUGAUUACUGGCUGUCAGUAGACUCAUCUUCCGUGGCUUCAUUGGCACCGUUGUCCCCGGCCGGUGGUUUGUCGUCGCCAUCUACAUCGAUGCCCUUUUCGAGUUUUUCAAUUUUCUCCUUCUGGGCUUCGACCUCCUUUUGCAGCCUUGCUAUUUCAUCAUUUCGCUCCUUCAAUUCCUUCUUCAACAGUUCCUUUUCUUCCUCCUCCUCUUCAUCAACUUCGGAAUCACUAUCGCUGUCGCUUUCGUGAUCUUCUAGUUUUUCCUCCAAAUCCACUAUUUGCUCUUGGAGUUUUUCCAAUUUUUGUUUCAUAUUCUCCUCAACGUCUCUCCGAGAAUUGUCCGUCAUGACGAGUUCGUUCAUGCAUUGCAGUUCGAUAUUUGUCUUUUCGUCUAUGGUUCGAUUGACGGCGUCCUUGAGGGACUUGAUUAAUUCGUCGCAGGUUGCCUUGACGAGUUCCGUUUGGUUCUCCAUGAUUCCCAUGGAGUGCAUGCAUUUACAGAGCUGUGCUUGCAUUCUCAUCACGUAGGAACUGUCCGUGGCGUCGGUAACUUUGGCGGCGCCCUUCUUGAUGACUUCGGCAUAGAGCUGCAAGGAGUCCCCUUGUUGCUUUUUGAGGUCUUCUUGCAGGCGUCCCAAUGCGCGUUCACCAAUCUCUCGGUCCUCCAUGAGUCUUGUCAACUCUUCCAUGUGUUGUAUUUCCGACUCUUCGCGACGCUUUUUUAUAUCCACCAGUUCUACUUGGAAUCUCGCCAUCUUCUCGUGUUGCUCCUCCAUCUUGUUCUUGAUCGAGGCAAUCCUUCGAUCGCGAUCGUGGAUCAUCUGGUUCAACAGCUCCUUCUCCAUCGUGGUGGUGAAUUAUUGACUUUUUGAGAAAGAGGGGAUGUGACACUGGUGGUGUAAAGUUCGUUACUCCUUCCAGAGUACAGACUAGACUAGGUGCUACGGGUAGAUAGACGACAACGUGGCCAGGGGGUUGUUUGGUUGAACUUGUAAAAGGAUGGGUUGCGGUGCUCCUUUACACUUGUUUGUUUCGCUGCACCAAGAGGACGACGAAUGAGGGAUCAUUGCCCAGUCCACCACGCUCCUUCAAUGUGGUGAGGUGCUUGCGUGGGUUACUGCGAUGUUAAAGCUUUGAGUUACGCCACCGGCCGAGGCAAUCACUCCCACUUUGUCUUCGAAAUUUCAAGGGAGGCCGCCUUCGCGUUGGUGCAUCUCGCAAAAGGGGGUGACUGGUACCGGGCUCAUUAAUUUUGCGUAUGCGUAUGCGUUUGCGCGACUAUGCACUAGUAGUACAAAACAUGCAAACUUUCACUAUGACCAAAAUUGUAUUAAACUUAAACCAGCUAAAGAGUUAUUACUAAAUGAUAUAGUUAC